AUGAUUCUCUCUCGCUUGUUGACUACGGCUGCCAAGACGGCACCAGCAUCUUCGCGGUUUGUGCAGAAAUCGCUCUUAUCUUCUUCGAGUCAAUCUCAUUUGAUUGUCAACGCGGUGGGCAAGGAUCGUCUCGGAAUUGUGUCGGAGAUUUCCAAGCACGUGACCGAUAUUGGUGGCAAUGUGGGAGAAUCGCAGGCUACCAAAUUGGGUUCCCACUUUAGCAUGAUGAUGUUGAUUCAAAUUCCAGCGGAACAAAAGGAACACUUUGAAUCCCAGUUGGCCACCAUGGCGGACAUGAAUACCACCGUCUUUGAAACCGAGGCUGCUUCUACUACUGCUGUAUCGCCUCAAAUUGCCUAUUCGGGAUACUUUCAACUGGAAGGCGCCAACUAUCCCGGCAUCGUCCACAAGGUGACGACGUUUCUGGCACAGAAUGGAUUGUCCGUCGAUCGAUUGGAGACCAGUGAUGCCGAAAUUGCGCCCCACGGUGGAACCUGUCUCUUUCAAAUGAAGGGAAUUGCCAAUGCUUUGGAACCAUUGGCCGCAGGAUUCAGUGUCGAACGAAUCGAAGAGGGAAUUGACAAGUUGGCCGAUGAACUCAAUUGCGAUAUUACCAUUCAAAAUGUUACUCACGGCGAUGCAGACGAUGCCAUGAGAUAUGGAUCCUAAUUUUUAUCUUUUAUUCAAUGAUGUUACAGAGUGACUUGGAAGGAAACAAUACCAAUCAAAAGGAAACGAAGAAACGAAACAAUACAAAACAAAACAAAAAAGAACGAAAGGAAAUGAAUAAGCAACAACAUGCAUACUAUAAAACAUAUAUCCUUUGCUCAC